AUGGCGCUCGACAGCUACUACAACAACAAGAUCGAGGCGAUGAAGCUCGAGAUCCUCAAGGGUCAGGCCGUCCUCCGCCGCCUCGAGGCCCAGAGGAACGACUACAACUCGAGGGUGCGCCUGCUGAGAGAAGAGCUCGGCCUGCUGCAACAGCCGGGCUCCUACGUGGGCGAGGUCGUCAAGGUCAUGAGCACGAAGAAGGUGUUGGUUAAGGUACACCCGGAAGGCAAAUAUGUCGUCGACGUCUCAGACAAUGUCGACAUCACAAAACUCACAGUCGGCAAGCGCGUCACCCUCCUCUCCGACUCGUACAAGCUCGAGAAGAUGCUGCCCUCGUCGGUCGACCCCCUCGUCUCCCUCAUGAUGGUCGAAAAGGUGCCCGACUCGACCUACGACAUGAUCGGCGGCCUGGACCAGCAGAUCAAGGAGAUCAAGGAGGUGAUCGAGCUCGGCCUCAACCACCCGGAGCUCUUCGAGUCGCUCGGCAUCGCCCAGCCCAAGGGCGUGCUGCUCUACGGGCCCCCCGGCACGGGCAAGACGCUGCUGGCGAGGGCGGUCGCGCACCACGCCGACUGCAAGUUCAUCCGCGUGUCCGGGUCCGAGCUGGUGCAAAAGUACAUUGGCGAGGGCAGCCGCAUGGUGCGCGAGCUGUUCGUCAUGGCGCGCGAGCACGCGCCCUCGAUCAUCUUCAUGGACGAGAUCGACUCGAUCGGCUCGUCGCGCGUCGAGGGCUCCUCGGGCGGCGACUCGGAGGUCCAGCGCACCAUGCUCGAGCUGCUCAACCAGCUCGACGGCUUCGAGCCCACCAAGAACAUCAAGGUCAUCAUGGCCACCAACCGGCUCGACAUCCUCGACCCGGCGCUGCUGCGCCCGGGCCGCAUCGACCGCAAGAUCGAGUUCCCCCCGCCGUCGGUCGAGGCCCGCGCCGACAUUUUGCGCAUCCACUCGCGCAAGAUGAACCUGACGCGCGGCAUCAACCUGACCAAGAUCGCCGAGAAGAUGAACGGCUGCUCGGGCGCCGAGCUCAAGGGCGUGUGCACCGAGGCCGGCAUGUACGCCCUGCGCGAGCGCCGCGUCCACGUCACGCAGGAGGACUUUGAGCUCGCCACCGCAAAGAUCCUCAACAAGCACGACGACAAGGAGGUCUCGCUGGCCAAGUUCUUCAAGUAA